AUGUCCUCUGAUGCCCCAGCCAGACCCGAACCAACGGCCGUCCAAUCAGGGCCAUCCGAGACCACUAUCUCUUUCCCUCAGGUCAUCCCGCCUGUUGACGGCCUGGCUUUGCCAGGACGCAGUCUAGUUCUCUGCUUCGACGGAACUGGGGAUCAAUAUGACCACGACGUGAGCCCUGAUAUGCUUUUAUUUCUCCGUUAUUCUUAUUCUAGCUUGAACGUAGAACUCGAACAUUGUGCGAUUCGUUCAGCUCCUAAAAAGGAUGAUAAAAAGAGACAAAUGGUAUACUAUCAAACUGGCAUUGGCACAGGAGUAGGUCCUCAGCCAAGCGGGGUAUUUACCUCUAAGCUAUCCCAAACGCUGGAUACUAUGAUCGCCUCUGGUUUGGGUGAUCACGUCCGAGGUGGAUACGAAUUCCUUAUGCAAAAUUGGGACAGAAUAUCUAUUUUUGGUUUCUCCCGAGGCGCAUAUACAGCUCGCGCUCUAGCAGGAAUGCUUCACAAGGUCGGCCUUCUCCCCGCAUACAACCACGAGCAAGUUGCGUUUGCGUACAAAAUGUUCAAACGUGACGACGAAGAGGGGUGGAAAAUGUCCAACGGAUUCAAGCGUGCGUUCUGUAUCGACGUCAAGAUUGAUUUCGUUGGGGUGUUCGAUACGGUGAACUCUGUCGGAAUCAUCCCUCGCGAACUCCCAUUCGCAAAAUCCAACUACCUCAUCCGUGUAUUCCGACACGCCGUAGCGCUAGACGAGCACCGAGCCAAGUUCCAACCCAACUUGUGGGGCCGCUCGACCGAGUCUGAAGAGAAGCUCGGAGAAGCCGGAAAGAAGAAAGUGUACCACCGCCAAAAGAGCAAGAGCGGGGUCUGGAGUUAUGUUUACGGGGGUCACCAAACAGACGUGAAAGAGGUCUGGUUUGCCGGUGCGCACUGUGACGUUGGUGGCGGCUCCGUACCGAACGAGACACCCAACAACCUCGCUCGGAUCCCUCUACGCUGGAUGAUCCGCGAAUGCUUCCUCAACAACACCGGUAUCCUAUUCCACUCUGCCGAACUGGAAGAAAUCGGCUUGAGCCCGCCGACGCUCUGGCCGACCGUCAAAAUCCCGACUCCGAUCGCGGACGGCCACAAGCCCCAGGCGAGCGAUGCUACCAUGGUCGAUAGCCCUGAAGAGGUUAGGGACGACCCGAUGUCUUCCAAGACAAAGAUCAAUGGGGUUGAGCCGCCCAAGACUAUGUCGGCUCUUGUCCCUCCCGAGUUUAUCAAACUUGGGUCGGAAGCGGAUGCCAAAGAUGCGCUUGAACCCAUCUACGACCAAUUGUCGAUUGCGAAAUGGUGGUGGAUUCUUGAGUUGCUCCCGAUGAAGAAGCGCUAUCAGAGGCACGACAAGUCAUGGAGCACUUGGCUGUCGAUCAACUUUGGCGGCCCACGCGUAAUUCAUGGUCAAAAGCGGUUUGGGGUUCUUGUUCAUAGGACUGUGCAGUAUCGGAUGCAGCAAUUGGGAUACAAGCCUCGUGCUGAACUCCUAGCGGAACCAGGUCCAACCUGGGUAGACUGA